UUACUAUUUGAUACGCGUACCAAGUGCUCGGUGUAAACUAGGUCAUAGUUUUAUUACAUAUAUGUGUAGACCACGCUUGAUGUCUUACUUAUUUUUGUAAAUAAAAAUCAUUUAAAUGUAAUUUUACUUUAAAUUACCUUACAUAUUAACAUACGUUAUGCACAAGCUUCGGAAAUUAUCUCAGUUGAAGAAACGUAGAGAACGAACAUUGAAUGUACGUUUUCCUUGUGUAAUAAAAGAUAAAAGAGAUGUUCAGAACUUAUUUGUGGGCAAUUUUCAUGUAAAAUUACCACGACAGUCUAGUAGAUGGUGCCAUGUCGUUUUUUCUACUGUAGAGGAGAAGAUUAACAAUUAUAAACUUACAAAGAAUAAAACAGUCAAUGACAAGCGAAUUGUUAUUCAACCACUAUAUGAUAUUGCAUUUGAGAAAAAAACCAACAAGAUAAAGAAAAUUUUUAUACCUGAAGUCAAAUCGGAUAUUCCAGUGACACAAACGAUAUUCAUCUCAAAUAUAUUAAAUGGUAUAAAAUCACAUGAAAUAAAGGGUGCUCUUCCUGGAUGUAUUCGUGUUACUUUAUUAAAACCUUAUAACAAAGACUUUAGGAGUGCAAUAAUUAAAAUGGAAAAUAUUCAAAUGGCAGCAAAAUAUCUAAAAGAAAAGCACAAGUGGCCAGUAUUGAAAGGAUAUAAAAUAUGCAUGAAACCAGAUACGAGAAUAAAACAUAAGAAAAAAAGUUUUACAAGUAUUCUAAAAAUCUAUGGAAAUGAAACAGAAAAAUCCAAGUCUAGAGAGGGCUUAGAUUGUGCAGAAGCAAACAACGAUAGUAUUAAUUAAUUACAAUAAUUAUUAAUUACCAUUAAAAUUUAAAGUACUUUAAUAUUAAGAUUCUGUUCUGUACAUCCAUUAUGAAAUUUAUUGAUAAAGAAAAUACAAAAAAUGCAAUUAUACAGAAUACAAUUAAAUAAAAUUACAUAAAAUAUAAGUCAGGUGCUAAUAAUAAGUCAUUUUUGAUGUUUAUUUUAUUAAACAAUUAAUUAUCCCAGAUAGCAAAAUAUCUCCAAAAUUUAUGCAGAACUGAUGAACGCUAUUGAGAAUAUUUCUAAAUUAUUGAUCUAAGUAUAUCCACAAAAUAGAACAAUUUUAGAUCAAUC